AUGUCUCCUUGGCUUCUUGCAUGUCUUGUCGGCCUUGUUGGCUCAGCAUUUGGCGCCACUCCAGAAGAAUGGCGCACUCGUUCUAUCUACUUCUUGCUCACCGAUCGAUUUGCUAGAACCGAUGGCUCAACCACAGCUACCUGUGUUUCUAAGAUGGGACAAUAUUGCGGUGGCUCAUGGCAAGGUAUUAUCGAUCAGUUGGAUUAUAUCCAAGGAAUGGGCUUUACCGCCAUCUGGAUCUCGCCUGUCACCAAACAGGUCGAAGGCGAUACCAGCGAUGGAACCGCGUACCAUGGCUACUGGCAACAGGAUAUCUACGAUGUAAACUCGAACUUCGGCACUGCUGAUGACCUGAAAGAUCUGGCUACGGCAGUUCAUGACCGCGGCAUGUACCUCAUGGUUGAUGUCGUGGCCAACCACAUGGGCUACAAAGGUGCUGGCACCGACAUGGACACCAGCGUCUUCCCUCAAUUCGACGACCCAGCUUUCUACCACUCCCACUGUGAGGUCGAUAAUUACGACAACCAGACUAAUGUGCAAGAUUGCUGGUUGGGUGAUAACACUAUCGCCUUAGCUGAUCUGAAGACAGAGUCGCAGGCAGUCCAGGAUAUCUGGUACAAGUGGGUCGGUUCUCUGGUUUCCAACUACUCAAUUGAUGGCCUACGUGUGGAUACUGUCAAGCAUGUAAACAAAGACUUCUGGCCUGGUUACAACUCCGCUGCUGGCGUUUACUGUAUUGGUGAGGUUCUCGAAGGAGCUACGAGCUACACUUGCCCGUACCAGGAAGUCAUGGAUGGACUGCUUAACUAUCCGCUCUACUUCCCUCUUGUCCGAGCCUUCAAGUCUACCACCGGAGACAUUGGCGCCCUUGCCGAUAUGAUCGAUAACGUCAAAUCAACCUGCAGUGACUCGACCCUGCUGGGGACUUUCUCGGAAAACCAUGACAAUCCCCGUUUUGCAUCGUACACCGAUGACAUGUCCCUCGCUAAGAACGCUGUCGCUUUCACCAUCAUGGCAGACGGCAUCCCUAUCAUCUACGCCGGCCAGGAGCAGCACUACAGCGGCAGCAACGACCCGUACAACCGCGAAGCUACUUGGCUCUCUAAAUACAACACUACCAGCGAACUGUACCAGCUCGUUGCCGUUGUAAACGCUGUCCGAAACCACGCCAUCUACGCCAGCUCAGAUUACAUUACAUACAAGAACUACCCCAUCUACCAAGACGAUAGCACCCUUGCCAUGCGUAAGGGCUACAACGGAACCCAGACAGUCACUGUUCUCUCUAAUCUCGGUGCUACGGGAAGUGAAUACACCCUUGCGCUGCCGAGCACUGGCUUCACUGCUGGCAUUUAUGUCACAGAGAUCUUCACCUGCUCCUCUAUUCAGGUUGACGAUAAUGGAGACGUGGCUGUUCCAAUGGCAAGUGGAGAGCCCCGUAUUCUGUAUCCGUCCUCCGUGCUUGAUGGAUCUGGUCUUUGCACUUAA